AAUUUGUGGUCGUCCACCAGUAUCUGCUCGUCUCGUGGUUUGUUGUGUUUUUGUGAGAGGCAUGCUUGUUUUUGGAAUCCGACUGUGAGUGCGAGUGAAAUGUGUGGAUUUGUGCAGCGCCUUUCAAGCCAUGGAGUACAGCAAUGAUGAUGAUGAUGAGCCUCAGUUUGGUAUGGAUGAAGACGAGGAUGAUACCGAAUGGAGAUAUAGUAGUUUUGAUGUAGCAGAGGAUAUUAGGCCUGCUAAAUAUUUUCCUUCUUCUGCAUGCAGCAGUGAGGUCGCGUCAGGUUCUGUGUUUCAUGGGAAGGGUCCCCAUAGAAGACAAAACAACAACAGGAUCAUAUUGCACUUUGACCUGGACUGCUUCUAUGCUCAAGUGGAAAUGAUCCGUAACCCGGAAUUGAGAGACAAACCUCUAGGUGUUCAACAAAAGUACAUUGUGGUCACUUGUAACUAUGCGGCCAGAAAACAUGGAGUGAACAAGCUGAUGUCAGUGACAGAUGCAAAAGAGAAAUGCCCCCAGCUGAUACUUGUCAGUGGAGAGGACCUGACCCACUACAGGGAAAUAUCCUAUAAGGUUACAGAAUUACUGGAGGAGUACUCCCCACUGGUAGAGAGACUUGGGUUUGAUGAAAACUUUGUGGAUGCCACUGAACUUGUGGAGAAGAGACUGAGACAUGUUGCAUCUUCUGAUGUCUCUGUAAAUGGUCACAUAUAUAACAAUCACUCUAUAGACUCUCAUGUUGAAGAACACAUCAGGCUGGCUGUUGGAUCCCAGAUUGCCGCAGAGCUAAGAACUGCCCUUUUCAAGAAACUAGGUCUUACAAGCUGUGCUGGAAUUGCCACAAAUAAAAUACUUUCCAAACUAGUCGCUGGAAUAUUCAAACCUAAUCAGCAAACAACACUGCUGCCAGAAAGUACUCCGCACCUAUUAAGCUGCCUGAAGCACCUGAAAAAACUGCCUGGAGUUGGUUACAGAACUGCUCAGAAGCUUCAGUCGCUGGGACUCUCCACAAUACAGGAUUUGCAGGGCUUUCCCCUAGCAACACUGGAGAAGGUGCUUGGGGCCACGGCUGCCCAGCGCAUUCACAGCCUGAGCCAUGGAGUUGAUGAGGCUCUAGUCACCCCUUCAGGGCCCCCUCAGUCUCUUAGUGAUGAAGAUUCCUUUAAGAAUAUCUCUACAGAAACUGAGGUUGUGCAAAAGACUGAAGAACUGUUGACCAACCUCCUAGACAGGAUGCAAAAGGAUGGAAGACAGCCUCGUACAGCCCGGCUCACAAUCAGGCGCUUUUCAGCAACUAACAAGUGGUUCAGCCGGGAGAGCCGGCAGUGUCCCAUUCCAAACCAUAUUGGCCAGAAAAUUGCCACAGGUAACCGUGAUGUCAUGGCCGCAUUAGUGGAUAUUUUAAUGAAGCUCUUUCGAAAAAUGAUUGACUUGAAGGCACCAUUUCACCUAACUCUUCUAAACGUGUGCCUGUCAAACCUGCAGCCUGCAUCAACCUCCACCAGAAGCUCUAUUGGGUUCUUUUUAAAACACCCCAAUCAGUCUUCAUUCAAAUUGAAUUCCAGUAUUUGUAGCCAGGGUGAGUCUGACAACAGUACACAUGCAAAGGAUCAGGUGUUAAGCAGACACAAGCUAUUUGAUAUAGCAGCUGGUGACCUGCAAGAGACAAAUAUCAUGACUACUUCUGGAGAGAAUGCAGCAGAUUCCAAAAAAUUACUAGACAAGCAGCAGAUAAAGAGCGGAUCGUCAUCAUCGGGGACCGACCUUUAUCUUCCUCCAGGGAUUGACCCGGAGGUUUUUAGACAGCUCCCUGAAGACAUUCAGAGAGAGAUUACUUCAACAAUAUCCACCACCCUGUCUAGUAAUGCUUGCAAGCAGAAAAAAAUGAUUUUACAGAAGACAGCCUCAAAAGGUGACAUUUCACACUUUCUGUGGCAGACUCCACAGUGUGAAAGUUUAAUCUCUUCCACAGCUGAAGCGGAGAAUUCAAACUUCUUGUCAGUUGAAUGCAGACAAGAUGCACAAAUCCAACAAAAUAAUAUUGAUUACUCCAGCACACAGGUCGCUGGGAGCAGUGGAGAACACACUGAACCACACAGUUCGUCCAAUAUGGAUGCAGACCCAAUGGACCUUCAGAAUGUAAAUCCAGCAGAUCAGGUUCCCUCCCAUGUGGACCCAAAAGUGUUUUCAGAACUGCCUGCAGAGCUUCAGCAGGAACUGUUAAGUGAGUGGAAACAACAGGAAACUGUUUCUAAAAUCCAUGUCAAUAAACAUAUUGGUAAAGCAAGAGCAGCCAAAGAAACCAAACAGACUUCAGCCAAAAGUACUCAGUCUAACAAUUUAUUGAAAUAUUUCAAGCCAAGCUGAAUUAAUUUAAUACUCAGCAUUGUGAGUGUACAUACAUAGUUUGUAAAAUUAUUUCUAAUAAAAUGUGUAUUUCAUGUAAAAACAUUAAUGUAUCUUUACCAUUAAAAAAAAUAAUAAUAAUGUUUUCAGCAAAACUCAAAAGAGUGUGACUGUUGAACGGUUUCAAAGUAGUUGUUACAUUAUCAAAAGUGAGAUGAUAAAAGCCCUUUAUUUUGUUAAUUCGUUUUUGUUGGUUGUGUGUUCUGUGUUUCUAAAAUAAACGUGCGCAUUUGCAUGUAAA